AGGAUGUCAGUAUCAGCACCAGCCCCAAAGUCAUUCAAGGCAGAGACAGCAGAGAAUUUAGAUGACAUUGAGAAACAAUUCGCCGUAAAAGCUGUUGAGCAAUCAGAUGUUUAUUGGAACAUCAUCACUAAAAUUAAGCCAUCUUUGCUUAAACUCACCCCUAUCGACGAUGAAAUCGUAGAAUCUUUCAAGGAAACAUUCCCAGAAUUACAAGGCGAUAACAUAAUAAAGCUUAACGAGGAUGACAUGAAGUCUCCAAAAGGAAAGGAAAAGUGGAGAAACUGGAUUAUGAAGUUUGAAAAGAAGGUUGAAUUCUACAACUUUGGUACUCUCCUUCGUACUGAUGCUACCGGUGAAUACGAUCAAUUCAACACCAUGUUCGUAACAAGAAUGCACUUCUACGCUGUCGAAAUCACACGUAACAGAUUAGGUAUCAACGAUAAGAUCUGGGAGAAGGCACAAGCAUCAAAAUAGAUUUGUAAAAAGACAAUUAGAUAAAAACUCGCAUUUCUACAACAAA